AGCGGCCUUCUUUCCCCUGGCGUGUCUCGCGCCUGCGCUCUGUGCCCGGCUCCUGCGCUCCGGCGAUCUACCUGCGCAUGGAUCGCACGUGUGAGGAGCGGUCCGCGGAGGAUGGGAGCGACGAGGAGGACCCUGAUGUGGCAGAAGCCCCGGCCAGGAUCCGAGACACCCCGGAAGACAUCGUGCUGGAAGCGCCGGCCAGUGGGUUGGCGUUUCAUCCGACCCGCGAUCUCUUGGCGGCUGGGGAUGUGGACGGGGACGUGUACGUCUUUUCCUACUCGUGCCAAGAAGGAGAAACCAAGGAGCUCUGGUCCUCAGGUCACCAUCUCAAGUCCUGCCGAGCUGUGGCCUUCUCUGCAGACGGGCAGAAACUUGUUACUGUCUCCAAGGACAAAGCCAUCCAUGUUCUAGAUGUGGGGCAUGGCCAGCUAGAAAGACGCAUUUCCAAGGCUCACAGUGCUCCUAUCAACUGUCUGUUGCUGGUGGAUGAGAAUGUUUUGGCCACUGGAGAUGACACAGGUGGCAUCCGGCUCUGGGACCAGCGAAAGGAAGGCCCCUUGAUGGACAUGCGGCAGCAUGAGGAGUACAUUGCUGACAUGGCCCUGGACCCAGCCAAGAAGCUGUUGCUCACAGCCAGUGGGGAUGGCUGCCUUGGGGUCUUCAACAUCAAACGACGCCGCUUCGAGCUGCUCUCCGAACCCCAGUCUGGAGACCUGACCUCUGUCACACUCAUGAAAUGUGGCAAGAAGGUAGCCUGUGGCUCCAGUGAAGGCACCAUCUACCUCUUCAACUGGAAUGGCUUUGGGGCCACCAGUGACCGCUUUGCCUUGAAGGCAGAGUCCAUCGACUGCAUGGUUCCGGUCACUGAGAAUCUGCUGUGCACUGGCUCCACGGAUGGAGUGAUCAGGGCUGUGAACAUCCUGCCGAACCGUGUGGUGGGCAGUGUGGGUCAGCACGCCGGGGAGCCUGUAGAAGAGCUGGCUCUCUCCCACUGUGGCCGAUUCCUGGCCAGCAGUGGCCACGACCAGCGUGUGAAGUUUUGGGACAUGGCCCAGCUUCGGGCUGUGGUGGUGGAUGACUACCGUCGGCGCAAGAAAAAGGGAGGACCAUUGCGGGCAUUGAGCAACAAGGCCUGGAGCACUGAUGACUUCUUUGCAGGACUGAGGGAAGAAGAACAGGAUCCCACAGCUGGGGAAGAAGAGGAGGAGAGUGAGGAUGACAGUGAUUGAGGGGGUGAUCUGAAUCUCAAGAUAGGUCCACCGGGCAAGAGUUUUGCU